AUGGCUUCCGCUGCGCUAACAGUCCCGGAUGCACGGCCAAGCAGUGCAGCCAGGACUGGCAUGCCUCGUUUAGGGCGGCUUCAGAGUGCUGCCUCGCCGGGUCGGACACGAUCUGCUAGUGCUGCACGACAGAGCACACGCCCUCAAAGUGCCGCUCGUGGGUCCGCGCGCACAGGAGCAGCUGCAGCCGCUGCAGCCGCUGCAGUGAAGACCUUGUAUCCAAUUCCUGGUGAUGUUGGUUAUUAUCAGCGUGCUGAUGUCAAGGGCAGGGUCAAGAAGCCAAAAUUGGACAAAGACAUGGCCAAGCUCAAG